AUGUUAAUGGUUAGAAGAUAUCCAGUGAUUAAUCAUUGGACGUUAGAUCAGAUGAAAGUGAGGGAAAUAAAGGGAAUUGCAAACGGAGGUUUUGGAACACCAUCUGCUACAUUGAAGAGUGUUGAUGAAGUUGAUAGAGGAUCAAUUUUAGAGUUUCAUUCAGAAAUUAAGUGGUGCUUAAUAGACAUGUCUAAGAAAGUGGAUAAAGCUUUUAAAAAGCAUGGAAAUAUGAAAAUAAUAGAGUUCUAUGGAUUGAAGGUGAAAGAGUUAUGUUCUGCAUAUAAAGCUUUUUGUCAUAGUAACUCUAAAUCUGAAUCAACUUUUGAGUCAUAUGACAAAAGCAGUAGUUGUGAUGAUAAGUUCUCGGACAUUGGAGAUUUUGGUCAGCUAUUAAGAACAGUGAGAAGUCAAACGUUACCUCCAGUGCUUAGGUCUCCAUUUGUUGUACGAGCUGUUGAGAUUGAUAGUAAUUUGACGAAGGAGGAGAAUAUCAAAUCGAAUUGGGUAUUUAGCUUAUGUGGAAAUCCAACGGACAAUCUUUUUCAUAGCAUAAAUGGUCAACGUGGGGAAAGAUACAUGUUUGAGAGCUUAUAUCCUGGAGAAUAUCUUUUUUCUGGGACUAUUGAUUGUUUUGUUGAAGUGUUAAACUAUGAUGAGAGAGUAAGGAAUUUGGACACUCCGGCAUGUUUCUUCUUCAAGAGAGCAGUAUUGUUGCUAUAUGUUGAUAGGAUUCAAUGUAAGCAAAUGUUAAUGGUUAGAAGAUAUCCAGUGAUUAAUCAUUGGAAGUUAGAUCAGAUGAAAGUGAGGGAAAUAAAGGGAAUUGCAAACGGAGGUUUUGGAACACCAUCUGCUACAUUGAAGAGUGUUGAUGAAGUUGAUAGAGGAUCAAUUUUAGAGUUUCAUUCAGAAAUUAAGUGGUGCUUAAUAGACAUGUCUAAGAAAGUGGAUAAAGCUUUUAAAAAGCAUGGAAAUCUGAAAAUAAUAGAGUUCUAUGGAUUGAAGGUGAAAGAGUUAUGUUCUGCAUAUAAAGCUUUUUGUCAUAGUAACUCUAAAUCUGAAUCAACUUUUGAGUCAUAUGACAAAAGCAGUAGUUGUGAUGAUAAGUUCUCGGACAUUGGAGAUUUUGUGUUAAACUAUGAUAAGAGAGUAAGGAAUUUGGACACUCCGGCAUGUUUCUUCUUCAAGAGAGCAGUAUUGAUGGUUAUUAAAACUAAGGUUUCUUCUAUUUUGGUUACAAGGGAAGAUGUUAAUAGGGUGUUAGGUUUGCCUAUGGGAGUUGAUCAGUUAAAUAGUGUUGAUGAGUUUCAUUCAGAAAUUAAGUGGUGCUUAAUAGACAUGUCUAAGAAAGUGGAUAAAGCUUUUAAAAAGCAUGGAAAUCUGAAAAUAAUAGAGUUCUAUGGAUUGAAGGUGAAAGAGUUAUGUUCUGCAUAUAAAGCUUUUUGUCAUAGUAACUCUAAAUCUGAAUCAACUUUUGAGUCAUAUGACAAAAGCAGUAGUUGUGAUGAUAAGUUCUCGGACAUUGGAGAUUUUGGAAUUGAGGAUGACAUCUAUACUUCAAGAAAAGUCAAUACAUGUGUUGAUAGUUAUGCUAUUAAGAAUUCUGUUUCUGUUGGAAAAUGUUCUUCUUCAGUCAAAGGAAAUGUAAUUAAUUCUCAUGAUAUAAGUGAAAAUGUUAAAAUACUUAAGAAUGAUAUGAUUUCAUCGAGAUCAAGGAGAAGUCAAACGUUACCUCCAGUGCUUAGGUCUCCAUUUGUUGUACGAGCUGUUGAGAUUGAUAGUAAUUUGACGAAGGAGGAGAAUAUCAAAUCGAAUUGGGUAUUUAGCUUAUGUGGAAAUCCAACGGACAAUCUUUUUCAUAGCAUAAAUGGUCAACGUGGGGAAAGAUACAUGUUCGAGAGCUUAUAUCCUGGAGAAUAUCUUUUUUCUGGGACUAUUGAUUGUUUUGUUGAAGUGUUAAACUAUGAUGAGAGAGUAAGGAAUUUGGACACUCCGGCAUGUUUCUUCUUCAAGAGAGCAGUAUUGUUGCUAUAUGUUGAUAGGAUUCAAUGUAAGCAAAUGUUAAUGGUUAGAAGAUAUCCAGUGAUUAAUCAUUGGACGUUAGAUCAGAUGAAAGUGAGGGAAAUAAAGGGAAUUGCAAACGGAGGUUUUGGAACACCAUCUGCUACAUUGAAGAGUGUUGAUGAAGUUGAUAGAGGAUCAAUUUCAGAGUUUCAUUCAGAAAUUAAGUGGUGCUUAAUAGACAUGUCUAAGAAAGUGGAUAAAGCUUUUAAAAAGCAUGGAAAUCUGAAAAUAAUAGAGUUCUAUGGAUUGAAGGUGAAAGAGUUAUGUUCUGCAUAUAAAGCUUUUUGUCAUAGUAACUCUAAAUCUGAAUCAACUUUUGAGUCAUAUGACAAAAGCAGUAGUUGUGAUGAUAAGUUCUCGGACAUUGGAGAUUUUGGAAUUGAGGAUGACAUCUAUACUUCAAGAAAAGUCAAUACAUGUGUUGAUAGUUAUGCUAUUAAGAAUUCUGUUUCUGUUGGAAAAUGUUCUUCUUCAGUCAAAGGAAAUGUAAUUAAUUCUCAUGAUAUAAGUGAAAAUGUUAAAAUACUUAAGAAUGAUAUGAUUUCAUCGAGAUCAAGGAGAAGUCAAACGUUACCUCCAGUGCUUAGGUCUCCAUUUGUUGUACGAGCUGUUGAGAUUGAUAGUAAUUUGACGAAGGAGGAGAAUAUCAAAUCGAAUUGGGUAUUUAGCUUAUGUGGAAAUCCAACGGACAAUCUUUUUCAUAGCAUAAAUGGUCAACGUGGGGAAAGAUACAUGUUCGAGAGCUUAUAUCCUGGAGAAUAUCUUUUUUCUGGGACUAUUGAUUGUUUUGUUGAAGUGUUAAACUAUGAUGAGAGAGUAAGGAAUUUGGACACUCCGGCAUGUUUCUUCUUCAAGAGAGCAGUAUUGUUGCUAUAUGUUGAUAGGAUUCAAUGUAAGCAAAUGUUAAUGGUUAGAAGAUAUCCAGUGAUUAAUCAUUGGACGUUAGAUCAGAUGAAAGUGAGGGAAAUAAAGGGAAUUGCAAACGGAGGUUUUGGAACACCAUCUGCUACAUUGAAGAGUGUUGAUGAAGUUGAUAGAGGAUCAAUUUCAGAGUUUCAUUCAGAAAUUAAGUGGUGCUUAAUAGACAUGUCUAAGAAAGUGGAUAAAGCUUUUAAAAAGCAUGGAAAUCUGAAAAUAAUAGAGUUCUAUGGAUUGAAGGUGAAAGAGUUAUGUUCUGCAUAUAAAGCUUUUUGUCAUAGUAACUCUAAAUCUGAAUCAACUUUUGAGUCAUAUGACAAAAGCAGUAGUUGUGAUGAUAAGUUCUCGGACAUUGGAGAUUUUGGAAUUGAGGAUGACAUCUAUACUUCAAGAAAAGUCAAUACAUGUGUUGACAGUUAUGCUAUUAAGAAUUCUGUUUCUGUUGGAAAAUGUUCUUCUUCAGUCAAAGGAAAUGUAAUUAAUUCUCAUGAUAUAAGUGAAAAUGUUAAAAUACUUAAGAAUGAUAUGAUAUCAUCGAGACCAAGGAGAAGUCAAACGUUACCUCCAGUGCUUAGGUCUCCAUUUGUUGUACGAGCUGUUGAGAUUGAUAGUAAUUUGACGAAGGAGGAGAAUAUCAAAUCGAAUUGGAUGGUUAUUAAAACUAAGGUUUCUUCUAUUUUGGUUACAAGGGAAGAUGUUAAUAGGGUGUUAGGUUUGCCUAUGGUAGUUGAUCAGUUAAAUAGUGUUGAUUUGCUAUAUGUUGAUAGGAUUCAAUGUAAGCAAAUGUUAAUGGUUAGAAGAUAUCCAGUGAUUAAUCAUUGGACGUUAGAUCAGAUGAAAGUGAGGGAAAUAAAGGGAAUUGCAAACGGAGGUUUUGGAACACCAUCUGCUACAUUGAAGAGUGUUGAUGAAGUUGAUAGAGGAUCAAUUUUAGAGUUUCAUUCAGAAAUUAAGUGGUGCUUAAUAGACAUGUCUAAGAAAGUGGAUAAAGCUUUUAAGAAGCAUGGAAAUCUGAAAAUAAUAGAGUUCUAUGGAUUGAAGGUGAAAGAGUUAUGUUCUGCAUAUAAAGCUUUUUGUCAUAGUAACUCUAAAUCUGAAUCAACUUUUGAGUCAUAUGACAAAAGCAGUAGUUGUGAUGAUAAGUUCUCGGACAUUGGAGAUUUUGGAAUUGAGGAUGACAUCUAUACUUCAAGAAAAGUCAAUACAUGUGUUGAUAGUUAUGCUAUUAAGAAUUAUGUUUCUGUUGGAAAAUGUUCUUCUUCAGUCAAAGGAAAUGUAAUUAAUUCUCAUGAUAUAAGUGAAAAUGUUAAAAUACUUAAGAAUGAUAUGAUUUCAUCGAGAUCAAGGAGAAGUCAAACGUUACCUCCAGUGCUUAGGUCUCCAUUUGUUGUACGAGCUGUUGAGAUUGAUAGUAAUUUGACGAAGGAGGAGAAUAUCAAAUCGAAUUGGGUAUUUAGCUUAUGUGGAAAUCCAACGGACAAUCUUUUUCAUAGCAUAAAUGGUCAACGUGGGGAAAGAUACAUGUUCGAGAGCUUAUAUCCUGGAGAAUAUCUUUUUUCUGGGACUAUUGAUUGUUUUGUUGAAGUGUUAAACUAUGAUGAGAGAGUAAGGAAUUUGGACACUCCGGCAUGUUUCUUCUUCAAGAGAGCAGUAUUGUUGUUAUAUGUUGAUAGGAUUCAAUGUAAGCAAAUGUUAAUGGUUAGAAGAUAUCCAGUGAUUAAUCAUUGGACGUUAGAUCAGAUGAAAGUGAGGGAAAUAAAGGGAAUUGCAAACGGAGGUUUUGGAACACCAUCUGCUACAUUGAAGAGUGUUGAUGAAGUUGAUAGAGGAUCAAUUUUAGAGUUUCAUUCAGAAAUUAAGUGGUGCUUAAUAGACAUGUCUAAGAAAGUGGAUAAAGCUUUUAAAAAGCAUGGAAAUCUGAAAAUAAUAGAGUUCUAUGGAUUGAAGGUGAAAGAGUUAUGUUCUGCAUAUAAAGCUUUUUGUCAUAGUAACUCUAAAUCUGAAUCAACUUUUGAGUCAUAUGACAAAAGCAGUAGUUGUGAUGAUAAGUUCUCGGACAUUGGAGAUUUUGGAAUUGAGGAUGACAUCUAUACUUCAAGAAAAGUCAAUACAUAUGUUGAUAGUUAUGCUAUUAAGAAUUAUGUUUCUAUUGGAAAAUGUUCUUCUUCAGUCAAAGGAAAUGUAAUUAAUUCUCAUGAUAUAAGUGAAAAUGUUAAAAUACUUAAGAAUGAUAUGAUUUCAUCGAGACCAAGGAGAAGUCAAACGUUACCUCCAGUGCUUAGGUCUCUAUUUGUUGUACGAGCUGUUGAGAUUGAUAGUAAUUUGACGAAGGAGGAGAAUAUCAAAUCGAAUUGGGUAUUUAGCUUAUGUGGAAAUCCAACGGACAAUCUUUUUCAUAGCAUAAAUGGUCAACGUGGGGAAAGAUACAUGUUCGAGAGCUUAUAUCCUGGAGAAUAUCUUUUCUCUGGGACUAUUGAUUGUUUUGUUGAAGUGUUAAACUAUGAUGAGAGUGCAAGGAAUUUGGACACUCCGGCAUGUUUCUUCUUCAAGAGAGCAGUAUUGGAUUUUGCAUACAUGCAUAGUGAAGCAUGUAAAUUUGAUGAUGAGUACAACAAUUUUAAAGAAAAUGUUCACUACUAG